AUGAUGGGCAACAACAGGCUUGGGGACAUCAUAGGACUAAAAGAGGAGAUCAUCCAAAGGGCUUGCAAGCUGUCCAUGAAAGCUCACGACAAGUCCCCUUUCAAGCCAUUUGUUGUCGAGAAAGCUCGAGGCUCGACCGAGACUUUCUUCGCCUUCCCGGGAUCGUGGGCCGCCGGCGAUUGGUACGGCAAGAAUUCCUUUGGGGAUGGUAAGGUUGAUGUGUCAAAGUUUCCUUCUUUGAAGAGCGUUGGUUAUGAUGAAAUUGCUCUUGUGAAUGAGGCUUUUAGCAGGAGAUUUGAGGAGCUUUUGGAAAGAACAUCACUUGCAACUGAGGUUGAAAAAGCCAUAUCAGACAAAAAGCAAAUAAUCUUCACAGGACACUCUUCAGGUGGAUCCACAGCCAUCCUUGCAUCCAUUUGGUUUUUCGAAAAGUACAUAAGAUUCAAUCGGAACAACAUAUCCCCUUUCUGCCUGACUUUCGGGUCCCCACUUGUCGGGAGCCACAUUUUCUCCCAUGCCCUCAGGCGCGAAAACUGGGCUCGUUUUUUCAUCAAUUUCUUGACAAAGCACGACGUUGUACCUCGGAUAAUGCUAACUCCUCUCUCGCAAAUCGAGCACGGAUUUACUCACGUAUUGGAAUUUCUCAACCCGAAAUCCCCUUAUGGUUCUCUUGAUCCCAAUAUUGCGUCGAGUUUUAUGUUGACCGUGAUGAGAAACUCUUUAUCUGUAGCGAGCCAUGCAGCGUGUUAUCUCAAGGGUUGCACGAAUUUGUUGCUCGAGACGGUGGCUAAUAUUGUCGAGCUCAGUCCUUAUCGGCCUUUUGGGUUUUUUGUUUUCUGCACCGGUAAUGGGAAAUUGGUCGUUCUUGAUAAUCCAGAUGCCGUUUUGCAGCUGUUAUUCUUCUGUCUUCAGUUGGGCCCAGAAGAGGAAAGUUCGGAUUUUAUUCGUGGGAUGUUUGGGAAGCAUUUAGUGUACGAAGAUGAGUUGAACGAGAGCUUGAAUAUGCAAGACGUUACGUAUUUAGCGAAUCUGGUCGAUGUGCCCUUGUCUUCUUCUGCUUACGAUGCAAGUGCAGCUCUAAAUGAUCUCGGAUUGACCACAAGAGCAAGAUUAUGCCUCCGAGCAGCCGGCGAACUUGAGAAGCAAAAAAAAGAAAACCAGAAAAAAAUCGACUCGAAUAAGGACACCAUCAAGGAAGCCCUAACUAGAAUUCAAGAAUACAAAACGAGCUGCGAAAUUCGGAAGAUAGGCUAUUACGAUGCCUUCAAGAUCCAAAAGGAUACGGUCGAUUUCGACGCGAACGUCAAGAGGCUCGAGCUCACAGGAAUAUGGGACGAGAUAAUGGAAAUGAUCAAGAGGUACGAGCUUCCUGACAAAUUUGAGGCCCGGAAAGAGUGGAUCGAACUAGGGACUAUGUUCCGGAGGCUUCUCGAGCCCUUGGACAUAGCAAAUUACUACAGGCACUUGAAGAAUGAAGACACGGGCCCGUAUAUGGUGAAAGGUAGGCCCAAACGGUAUAGGUUCACGCAAAGAUGGCGGGAGCAUGCGGAGAGGAUGGAGAUUGGGUUGGGCUCGGAGACGACGUUUUGGGCCGAGGUCGAGGAGUUGAGGGUUAAGCCAUAUGGGCUUGUGAAGGAUGAGAUCUUGAGGUUAGAGGGAAAAAUGGGUUUAUAA